AUGUCCCUCUCCCUCACAUUCACUAUCGUCCUCCUCUCAAUCUUCUUACCCCGUAUACCGCACGUUCGAGCCGAUGACAGACAAGACCAAGAACGAAUGGGGAGUGAAUAUACUACUAUGCCAUUGUAUAGAAGCGGGGCAGGGACGAACGUGUUAAGUGUGAAUGUGGGUAAUCCCCCAACGGAGAUGAGAUUGACUUGUUCUACGAAUGUCGAUUUCUUCAUCAUUGCUGCGACGGGAUGUGAAGAAUGUAUUGAAGAUUCGGAUUUGUUCGAAGUGACAAGAUCAGAUUCAUUAUCUAUAUGGGAACAAGAUCUAGCCUACGUCUUCCCCUACCCUUCCGGAUCCUCCUCAACCAUAUCGAUAGCAGGUAGAUUUGCCUCGGACGUCAUUUCCGAUGAGAGAGGGGACGAAGCUACGCCUAGACCUAUCGUAUUAGCUGCGGCCGUACAGACGAAUGACCCUAGAGCGCUGUUGGAUGGGGUAGAUACCAAAUUGACUGAUGGAACGGGUGGGUUCUGGGGUAUGGGAGUGUAUCAGGACCGAGAAUCAAAUUCUAUGAUCCCGUCAAUGAUCACUUCCGAUAAUGAUGGGUCGACAGAACAGCUUACCUCCUUCACGGUGGGAUUUCAGAUCAACAACUUCUCCACGAAUACUGAUGACCUAGCUGGUGAGAUCCAUUGGGGUGCGGUGCCUGCCGGAGUCCAUGAAGGGAAUUUUAAUUGGCUGAAUGCAAACUCUUCUGUGGGUGGAUCAUGGGGAUUUGACGUAGAUCGAUUUAGGAUAGGAGGUGAAGUGAUUGAUCUGGAGAAUCAUUAUGGCACAGUCGAUCCUGCUUUUGAUUCCAUCUUCGUUCCUACCAAUAUCGCAGAGAGGAUUUUCGCCAAGGUCAAUGGGGCAGUUAGAGAUGGUAGAGAUACAACGCGAUGGAACGUGCCUUGUGACGCUUCGAUCGAUCUGAAGAUAUCUAUUUCCGGCACUCAAUAUGCUAUCGAUCCAACUUCCUUGGUGAGGAAUCGUGAUGUCGCAGGUCGGACAUGUUGGAGCUCCAUCGUAGCUUGGCAGAAUGGGAGUGUACCGGAAGGGAAAGGUGAAGUGAGAUUAGGUACACCGUUCAUGUCAGGUGUUUAUACUGCAUUAUACUAUUCCGAGUCAGCUCAAUAUGUCGGUCUAGCUGGAAAACCAAAUUCUGUCAAUGCCUCCAAUCUAUAUUCUAGGGACGAAGGUAAAGCUAACAAGAAAUUGGCUGGUAUACUCAUCGGAACUCUUCUUGGUAUAUUGAUAUUCGGUUUACUGCUCUGUUACGCCCGAAAUCGAUCUUCAUUCCAAUCAAUAUGGUACCGAGCGUUACGUCGACAACAGAGAGCUCAAAUGAAUGCUGUCGUCCGAAGUGCAACCAUACCUCCUCCUAUAGUCCCAGUGGUAGGUAUGGGUCCACCUAUCAUCCCUCGUGGUCCCCCUCUUAUGAUGGGUAUGGGCAUACCACCUAUGGGUAUGGGAAUGGGAGCACCGCCAACCAUGGGUAUGGGUAGAUCAAUGAUGCCUUAUCAACCUCCUCCACCAUAUCAACCCCCCAUCAUGUCCCAAGAUCAAGCACAAGAACAACAACAGCCUUUGAUGUCGAUGCCUCAGACGGUUCAGCCAAGGAAUCAAGGAUAUUAUUCACCCAGAUUACAGGGUACUUCACCGCCCAAAAGUGGUUUCUUAGCUCUUCCAUUUGGUAGAUCCCGCUCACACCGUGGUGUUGGUGGUGUUGGUGGAUAUGAAUAUGAACCGCCAUAUUCUGCUGGUCAAGGAUCUAAAGUCCAUUUUGGACCUGCUGCAGCUCGACACAUGAGAAGUGAAAGUUCGGCUGGUAAUAGCAUGAAUAUGAAUGUCAAUGAGUUUGGAGGUUAUAAUUAUGGAAGAGGUCCUGAAGGAAGGUAUGAAAGGCAGGAUCAAUACUUGAGGGAAUAUAACAAUCUACAACCAUCAUCUUCACACCGACAACAGCCGCAGCAGCAAUAUACUUCGAUGUCGAUGCCACCUUUGGAAGAUGUACCGGAAGGUGAAUACCGUCCGAAUCUGAAUUUACAGACACCGUCACAGGGGCUUCACGGAGAAGAGAAGAAAAGGUAUUUCCAAUGGAGAUCUACAGGUCAAGAUCAAACUCAAGGAGAAUAUGCACCAGUUUCGAAUCCAGUACAGCCCAAUGCUUCAAGUGAAAUAGGAAGUGGAAGUAAUAGGUCCAAGAGGAAGAGCUGGUGGGGUAAAGAUAGGAAUGGAGGUUGGUAUGAUACUCCACAGCAGGAUACACCGAGGAUGAAAAGAGAUUUAGGUUGGGGUUGA